CACGCGGUCUCGCGCCCAGUCGGCACUCGGCAGUCACAGUCAGUCGUGCCGGUCCAGUCCACGCGCGUGUACGUCGGUCGUAUGUCGUCCAACCGGCGAAAUCGUGUGGUGUAAAAUACGUUUAAUUUUUUUUAUAAUAUGCACGUAAAUUAUGUCGUCGCGUUCAUAAUAAUAUUAUUAUAGUUAUCGUACGGCGCUGACAGUAAACAAUGACGUAGUUGUCGGUAUAUUGUUCGUCAUUAUAAUAUUUUCAUCGUUUUAUUCGUAACAAAUUAUAAACGGCACACUCGUUUUUGUCGGAGGGCGCGCGCAUCGAACCUCGAACCGGUGGGCCAUCGCGAGGUUUAAAACCGACUGACAACCGCACGACUAAUAUUGUUUACGAGAAAUAAAAACAAUCUAAGAAUAUGGAUUUAGAAGAGCUUUACCACAAGUAUCGUAUUCGAUUAAAACAAUCACUUUUUACAACGUUUGCUUCUAUUGGAUUGGCUACAUGUACUAUCACUUUAACAAUGUUAUUUUCAUUUUAUAAUGCUGAAUCGGUGGUAAGACCUCCGUUUUUGUCAGUGUCGGUCGCGUGGCUGACGUUCGCUUGCACAUUCUGCCUCACACAGGUCGCUCCGACAGCGUUGGACUCGAGGCCUGCCGCGGCCGCGUUAUCUGCGGCCACCGUGGCCGCGUCCGCCGCCGCCGUGCUGUCCAGCAGCGGCGUGGUGCACGCCGCCUACGCGCUCGUACCUGUUUUGGUGGCCACGCACUCGAUGGUUCCAACCCACGUGGCCGUCGCGUCUUUUGCCACGGCCGCCAUGAUGGCCGUGCACAUCGUGUCUUUGCUCACCGAAAUCCAGUGGACACCAAACGCGCAGCACGUCAAACAGAUGAUAGCUGAAUUAAUACUAUUGUUCUCGGCCAGCUCCACUGGUUGGUAUUACAAGUUUAUGACACACAAAGCCAACAGAAUAAUGUUUUCGGGCACCAGGACAUGCAUUGAAUCCAGAAUUAAGCUGGAGUGUGAAAAAGAGCAACAAGAACAACUACUGCUUAGCGUCAUACCAGCGUACAUUGCGGCUGAGGUUAAGAGAAGUAUAAUGCUUAAAAUGGCUGAUGCAUGUCAAGAUGACGUAGCAAAUAAACAAACAAGAUUUCACGAGAUGUAUGUGCAGCGCCAUAAUAAUGUUAGCAUUUUGUAUGCUGACAUAGUAAAUUUCACUCCAUUAUCUGAACAACUAUCGGCGUCUGAUCUUGUGAAAACUUUAAACGAACUAUUCGGACGCUUUGAUCAAAUAGCACAAGAUAACCAGUGCAUGAGGAUAAAAAUCUUAGGUGAUUGUUACUACUGUGUUUCUGGACUUCCUGUAUCCCGACCAAAUCACGCCUACAACUGUGUCAACAUGGGGUUGCAGAUGAUAGAAGCGAUAAGAUUUGUCAGAGAAGCUGCUGGAUUCAACGUCGACAUGCGGAUUGGUAUUCACACCGGAAACGUGUUGUGUGGAGUGCUGGGUUUAAGGAAAUGGCAAUUCGAUGUGUGGAGCGACGACGUGACAUUAGCCAACCACAUGGAGUCGGGCGGCGUACCCGGUCGUGUCCAUGUCACUAGAGCUACUAUGGAACAAUUGAAUGGUAGAUUUGCCGUUGAACCAGGCAAUGGUGGUACCAGGGAAGGUUACCUGGCAGAUCACAAAGUAGAAACAUUCCUUAUUGUACACCCUUCAGAAAAAAACCAAACAGAUAACGGUUUAAAAAAUAAUGGAAAUAAGCUAUCUGAAAACGGUGGAUUUCACUAUGAAGAUGGCAUUAGCAGAAAUAGAUCGCCCAGUAAAAUGACUAAAUAUAUUGAAUGUUGGGGCGCGGACAAACCCUUCGCAAACAUAACUGAAAGUACUAUGGCGAAAAAUAUUGGUCUAGCAAGUCUAGCAAUGAUUGAAUCAAACUUACUUCCAUCAAAAAACACUUGUUUAGAUUGCAAGAAAUGGUUUAACUCGGAAGAUUUUAAUCCGGUGUGCUUAUGGUUCAAGAACAACGUACAAGAAUCACAAUACAGAAACCAAAUGGACCCUUUUUACAAGUACUACAGUGUCACAGCUUUGUUAUUAUUCGUGUGCAUGGUUGCUAUACAAUUGCUGUUGAUUCCUAAAUCGUUAACAAUGUUGGGAGCUCAGUGCGCUUCAUUCAUUGCGUUAUUUGUUUUCGCAUACGCCAGUUGGGUGUCAGAAUACGAUUGCGGUGCUCAAGAAAAUGUUUCCGUAGGUUCGUCUAGAUGGCUUCGUAUGACUAUAUUUCUAUUAAGUUCUACAUUGGUGGGAACGUGUGCCAUUAUUACCUUGCAAGAUUUCAUGGACAUUAAUUAUACCGAAAGUUUUAAAUUGAAUAGUACAAAUGAGUUAUUUUUUAACACUACAAUAAUAUUGGACCCAACAGAAAACCAAAUAAAUUGGUAUUCUUUCUCAGCGGUUUCUGCAUUUUUAUGUAGUACUAUCCUCACGUUGUCUUUGAUAUCGUCAUUUCUUCGGAUUGGUAUCACCCUGAAACUUUUCAUCAUGGUUAUCUGUGGAUCACUUCAUUUGUCUAUAUACCAAACAUUACCUUUAUUUCAAUAUCAUUUUAUGAAUUAUAGUGAUGAUGAAAUACCAUGGCAGAUAAAAAUGUGGGCUCCGGUUAUUCUUUUAGUCAUUGUAUUUCACAUGUUAGACAGAAAAAACGAGUUAGCUGCGCGAACAGAUUUCUUAUGGAGAGCUAAAUUAAAGGUCGAACAAGAAGAAGUGGAAACCAUGAGAGGUAUCAACAAAAUUUUAUUAGAAAAUAUUUUACCAGCUCAUGUUGCAGAACACUUUCUUCAAGAACAAGCACUACAAGACUUAUAUCAUGAACGUUACAGUUGCAUAGCAGUAAUGUUUGCGUCAAUUCCUAACUAUAAAGAAUUUUAUGAUGAAAACGAUGUCAAUAAACAAGGACUGGAAUGUUUACGAUUGUUAAAUGAAAUCAUUUGUGAUUUUGAUAAACUACUUUUAAAACCUAAAUUUAGUUCAAUUGAGAAGAUUAAAACUAUUGGCAGUACUUACAUGUUAGCUUCUGGCCUUAGGCCUGGAAAAGAAGAUAACACAUCCAAAGCUGCAGUGGACAGGCAGCAAGAGCACAACGUGGUGAUUCUGGUUGAAUUCGCUAUCGCAUUGAUGACCAUUUUAGAACAGAUAAAUCGAGAGUCUUUUCAACGGUUUAAACUAAGAAUAGGAUUAAACCAUGGUCCAGUCAUUGCUGGUGUGGUAGGUGCACAAAAACCACAGUACGACAUCUGGGGCAAUACCGUGAACGUUGCGUCUCGGAUGGACAGUUGCGGGAUUAUGGGCAGAAUUCAGGUCACUGAAGAUACGGCUAAGAUCCUGAUGGCAGCUGGUUAUGAUUGUGAAUGUCGGGGCCCAACGUACGUUAAAGGAAAAGGCACAUUAACAACGUAUUUUGUAAGAACACAAUACGACCAGAAAUCGAAAUAAUGAUUUGUUUUGUGAUUUUAUGUGAAUGUGAAAAAUUUAAACAUCUACUAAAAUUGUAUAAUAGAUUUUUCGUUCACAUUUUCCUAGUCCAUAGGCCAAGGAUUCGAGUCAAUUAGAUAAUGAUACGUUCAUUAUAUUAAUGAUUAAAAUAUAAUAUUUUAUAUUAUAUUUAUAUAUAGACAUAUGGUACCUAUUGUUAUUAAUAAUAUAAUAUAGAAUACAGUCUUUAAUAUAGUACCUAUAUUGUAUUAUAUUAUUAUAUUGUUAAAUUAUACAACAAUGUGUACCUAUGUAUGAUAUUGUUUUGGUAUUUUAGAAUAUAAUUUAUAUCUAACCAUUAAAAAUUGUACUUAAAUUAACCAAAUUUACUUGUUAACCAAACAAAUGAAAUUGUUAUUUUAGUUAUAAAUUUGUGUUGUUAUUAUGUUGAACUAUUUAAGUCGUAUAACGUAUUCAUUGAUAAUUGUUUAACAUAAUACUUAUAUAUACCUAUAUUUUAUAGUACAUGUAUCAUGUAUGUGUUAUAAAAUGUUAAACUAUCAUAAUAUACACUCGUAGAAACAAAGAAAAACAAAGAAUAAUAAUUCUGGUAUAUACGGUAUAGUAAAAAUAUUUAACACUACAGUCUGUUGGUAGUUGGUAAAAAUCUUCUAGAUAUAUGAUAUGAUAUGAUGUGGAAUCAUUUUGAAGUUUAUCCAAACAAAAUAUAGGAAACAUUAAUUGAAUAAUUUGUAUCUACGGUAAUACCAGUUUUACAACAUCUUAUAGUUUAUACGAAAUUUGUAUACAUUCAAUUUACAGAUGAUUUUUUUUACCCAGAGUUAUCUCAAUUAAUUGAAGUGUUUUUGUAAAAUAUAUUAUAAAGUAUAUAAGAGUA